AUAAUCUGUGAUUGAGACAGUUUGUCAAAAGUUUUUGAACAGAACAUAGAAAUAAAAAAUACUCAACGGAUUUCGUUUGAGAAAGUUUUAAUUUCGAAUUUUCGCGAAUAUUCAAAUACAUUAAACACAUUCAUAAAAUAUAAGUUACAAUGGGUAAAGAGGAAAUGGUAUUAUUUUUAAGUGAGAAGAACAGACUCCAAACCUUUAAGAAAUGGAUAUUUUCUGAAGAACAUUCAUGCAAUGCAGCAAAGAUGGCUGAAGCAGGAUUCAUUCAUAUAGGAUCUUCAAAAGAACCUGACUUGGUUAAAUGCUUCUUCUGUAAUAAACAAUUAGAUGGAUGGGAACAAGAUGAUAAUCCCUGGGAGGAACAUGUAAGCCACUCCUCAAAAUGUAAAUUUGCAAUGAUGAGAACCCCUGAAGGAGAGAUGACACUUAACCAGUAUUUAGAUCUAGCAGAUUCCUUUGGAGAGAAAAUAAUCACUGAUAUUUUCGAUAAAAAACUUGAGACUUUAGAUGAAAUAUUCAAAUUAGCAGAAUCCAAAAAUUCUAAACACUAGGUUAUUUUCAAAUAUUUAUUUAUUUUAAUACUGACUGUUGUUGUAAAAAUGUAUAAUUUACAGUAUUAUGAUUAUGAAGCUUCAA